CCGGAGUUUUCCUUGCAAGGUUUUGUACGCGAGUAGCUGCUAGCUAAUGUGGAAAAUCUGCACAAGCAAAUGUGCUGAUGUUUAGAAACGUAACAGCAUAUUUUUAACGGAUUCUUAUAUUUGGAUGUGAGAAAACGGGAGUCUUUUACCUACUUCUGAUACGAAGUACUGAGAAGUGAGGAUUUCAGCAGGUGUUUUGAAUCACGUCAAGACUGAGUGUUUACUGGCCAGACAAAUAAUGUCCCGUGGCUGAAGAUGGGAGGCAGCGGCUCCAAAUCUAAAGGCUAUUGGCCCUUCUCUGGUUCUGGCGGUGGUGAUGAGCAGCAACCCAAGGAGGGGAAUGAACAGCCCUUGGCACGUCUUCGAAGCUUCAGGAACGCGACUCCAUUCGUGUUUACCAGACGAAGCUCACUUUACUAUGAUGAAGACGGAGACUUGGCACACGAAUUUUAUGAGGAGACUGUGGUGACAAAAAAUGGAAGGAAGAAGGCCAAGUUGAAGCGAAUCCAGAAAAACCUCAUACCUCAGGGAAUAAUCAAGCUGGAUCAUCCCUCCAUUCAUGUAGAUUUUCCGGUAGUCAUCUGCGAGGGCUGACGACGGAGUACGAAUAUGCUACUGACCAUGUAGAUUUCUCCAAUAUCCCCUGCCCCUCCUUUUCCCGUUGAUUCCCUGACCCCCACUCUGAGACACUGGCCAGUGGUCUUGCAGAGAAGAGGGGGGACUCUCUCUCCUACCUUAGACGUGGCUAGCUAAUCUAAGCUGAGCUGAGGCAUGUGGACUUGCCUGCAUGUGGACUGUGAUGUGGGAGAAGGCUGAAAGCUCUGGGUUUAUUCUCUACGGAGACCGAGGAUCUGUGAACACUGACGAAGACAUGACUCCUCUCUCCCUGCCAUAUCUAGAUUAGAGUGUGUGUGUGUGUGUGUGUGUGUGUGUGUGUGUGUGUGUGUGUGUGUGUGUGUGUGUGUGUGUGUGUGUGUGUGUGUGUGUGUGUGUGUGUGUGUGUGUGUGUGUGUGUUUGAGGUUGUGUCUGAUCCUUAAGACUGAAGGGAAGAAAUGAUGUCAUAGAGUUAGUGAAGGCAAACGCAGUGCUACACACACACACACACAGACACACAGACACACACACUCAACCAUUUCAAUCUAUUGAAUGUUUUUGCAACGCGGCAUUGAAAUGCUCAGAAUGUACGGAUGCUGUCCCCUCCCCAUGUAUGCCGUGUGUAUGACUGGCCGUUUCCAUAGUGAAGAGUUCCAAGCAAGGGAGUAGUUCCUGCCAAAAAAUUCUGUUCAGCCUCUUGAACACAGAGGUUGCUUUAGUCAGGGCUAAAUGUCUAUGGUCAGAAUGCCUAAACUCUUUGAGUAUAAAAUAAUAAUAUCCUAGUUAUACACUGUAGUUUUCGUUCAAAUCAAGCAUGUUUUCCGUCGUGAACUUGCAUCGCCAUUUUUUGAAGUUUUUCUGGCAAAAUAGACAAUCAGUCUCGGGUGAUGCUGUACACCAGAAAGCUGGAGGUUUUGUCAGAAGUCAUUUUUCGCUCUCAUUCGAGCAGCCACACACAUACAUAUACACACACACACACACACCUAUACGAACGUGUGUUGAGGUCAGCAAAAAUCACAAGCAACGUACCUGCUCUGUUAAUGUAUUUGUAAUUUGGCAGCAUUUGUUUUAUUUAUUGUACCAGUUUCAUUUUGCAUUGCAUUGAAUUUGUUAAACAUUGCUGAAGACAUGUAUUAGUAAGUGUCCACAUUUCUGCUAGGGGGAAGAAGUUGAGAAACGUAUGAUCUAUAUGUUAUGUGUCACUUGAAUACAGGGAGGCAUUAAAAUCUGCACAAUCACUA